UUUCCGUUUAUUCUUAUCGUAUCUCUACCUAUAUUAAUUUAUGUAAAAGCCAGUUACAUAGCCAGACAGACAACAUUUAAUUUAAUCCCGUAAAAAUGAACGGUUCGGAAUGGUGUGUUCGUUUUCCACUGCAGAAAAAUUUGAAUUUGGUGUUCGGACUCGAAUCUGAUCUCGAAACCCAAGAUGUGAAAAUUGAAUUGGAUAACAUGCGAUUUACCGAAGGCUACCAGUCGGAUAUAAUGAUCGGUCGUUUGGUACACAAAGAUGGAAAAGGAACCCAAGAGCACUUGCGAUCAGUCGUCAUAAAAAUUUAUCCAGCUGCCUGGGCAAGAUCUACUUUCACCGAGGUAACAUUUUCCAACGAAAUUUUUGUUUUCAACAAAGUGAUACCGUUUUUCAAAACGAUGGAUGAUUCUAUUUCGAGCCUAUUUCCUAAAUUUUAUCAAAGUUGCUUGGAUUUUGGCGAGCAGGAAGAAGGAUGCAUAAUAAUGGAGAAUUUGCAAGAAAAUCAUUACCGUUUGACGACAUCGAAGGUAUUUUUAGAUAUCGAACAUUUAAUGUUAGCGAUGAAAAAGAUAGGCGAAUUUCAUGCUUAUUCUUAUCAAGCGAAACAGGAAUCUACGAAAGACUUCUAUUCGUUGGUAGAUUGUCUGGCAGAUUCGCAUUACAUUGUAACAAAAGUCAUCAAAGGAUUUACACCGCCAUUAGUAGAAUAUAUUCUUCACGUGUUAUCCUCCGAAUCUCAGUACUACAAUGAAAAAGCACAUGAAAUUCGUCAACUUGUGGGGGAUGUUGACGAAUUCGUCGAGUCAAUUUUCAAUACCAGAGUAGAACGAACGGCUGUGCUAUGCCAUGGAGAUUUUUUACGGAAUAAUUUGAUGUUCAAAUACGACGAAGAGGAUAUCCCUGUGCAUGUCAAGUUUAUCGAUUUGGGUAACAUGAGGUACUGCUCUCCAGCCAUAGAUUUAGGUUUGAUUUUGUACAUGAACGCAGAACAGACUACCAGAGAUGAAUAUUGGGAUGCGCUGAUUGAUAUGUAUUACGAUUCGCUGAAAAAUGCGUUUCCUUGCAACAACUCGAUUCCAUCGAAAAACGAAAUUCUAUUAGAAUUCAAGCAUAAUGUUUUGGCGUCGUGUUUCUUACUCGCUUCGUUUCUUCCUUGGAUGCUGGCUGUUGAAGAAACUGGCAAUCCGCUUUGUGUAUUGGAUUUAUUUUCUCCGGAAUAUGAAGAAUAUAAACAUUUGCCUUUACCUUCUUUACCCACAGAUGUACAUGUAAAUAUUACUAAAAAACUUUUUCUACCGCAUAGAACAGAGAGAGUUUUACAAAACUUUCGUGAUAUUAUUAAAAGAGGGUUCGUUUAGUCUUUCUAUGUAGAUCUUCCUACUGUGAAUCAUUUUUGUAAUCGAUUUUAUUAUUAUUAGACCAAGAUUCUGCUGAAAUACUUACGUAAUAUACCUAUGUGCUUAAUUUAAAGUUUAAAUUUUUCUAAUACAUAUAAUAAGUGUUGUA